GGUGCAGCUCGUGCCGAUCCCCUCGCCGGCAUGCCGGGCACGCUUCUCAUGCAGAAGUCGUCGCUGCGCGUCCUCUCUAUGCGCGGCCCGACGCCGGCGCCGAGGACGCCGCCGAACGUCCCGCUUGCCCUCCCGCCGGCCGGCCGUCGUUGCACAGCCUGAAACACCACCCUGUUCUCCUGCUGGUCCAGUAGCACCACCGCGAGAAGAAAAAUCACCACACCGCAUGCUGCAAUGCUGCUCCCCAUCGCUAUGCGCACCCUGCACACGAACCAAACUGCCGCCACUUCUUCCCGCAUCGAUUUCGACUGCCACGGUGCAUCACCAACGCAAGAGGUAAAACAGAACCCUCUCGUCAUUCUCUUGCUUUCCCCCUAAAUUUCAAGCUCUAUCAUGCCCUAAAUCACCGACAAUCUUAUUUGCAAGAAGUGGCUGUCUGCCAGCCAUGUCCGCCAACCAAGAAAGUUUAUCGUAGAAUUAUCCUUGUGAGACCACAACUUCUCAUUUUUUGGGAUAAAAAUAGAGAAUUAUUGGAGGUGGACUCUUUUUUAACUUCCCAUACCUAUUUGGAGAGUUGGCAAACAACAAAUUUUGAGGAGAAAAUAUUAGAAACUCUUGGAAAUGGUCUAACACUGUUUUUUUUGGGAGACCAAUAGUCGAGAUCCGUUUUUGGAGUUCGUUUCGUUUCAGAGGUGUCAUUUUCUGCGUCACCCGUAUUAUUUCUAUAGGACAAUCUCUGAGCACUGCUGAUGCAGCCUCGCUGUGCUAUGCCUCUCCCCCAUCUUCCUCGUGAGAAUUUUAAAGGGAAGCGCCCAGCAGCAGCCUCCUCUCGCUGCCCAUGCUCCUAGCUGCUAGUAGUCUCUUGCGCUACCCUGCACAGAGAGCUCGAGGCACAGCAAGCUGCGUGCGAGCGAGCGAGCGAGUGCAAUGCAGGUGGACUUGGAGAGCCUGGUGUGCGGCGUGUCGGGCGCCGGCGCCGGGGACAGGAAGGUGUCGUGCGAGACUGUCAUCGCGGGGGGCAGCGGGGACGCGUCGCCGCCGCGGAUGCCGCCGCCGGACCCGGACUUCCCGCCCGACUCGAUAACCAUCCCCAUCGGCGACGAGGCGGCGUUCGCGGACCUCAACCCGAUAUACGAACGGGACGACUCCACCAAGGGCAGCACCAACCCCAAGUUCGCGGCCGCCGUCGUGGCCAACCCCAUCGCGGCCAAGACGCGAUCCAACUCCACGCGCGUCGCCGGCGCCCCGCCCGCAGCGGCAGGCACCACGUUCUUCGGCCUCCCCGCCAAGAUCCGCCCGCCCUUCUCCCGCCGCCGGCCGUCGCAGGGCCGGAUCUUGGCCGACAAGCGCUCCGGCGGCGGCGGCACAAGCAGCCGUGGCGACGGCGAGGUGGAGCCGCGGUCGCCCAAGGUGUCGUGCAUUGGCAAGGUCCUGUCCGACCGGGAGCGCCACGGACGCCGCGGGCGCCGCCGCCGCGGGUGGUGGCACGGCGUGGCGGCCAUGUUCCGGUGCGACGGCUGCGGCUGCGGUCGCGUAACCGGACCCGGCGGCGCGUCCAGGAAGAUGGCGUUGGAGGACGACGACGACGGGGACGAGCUGCAGCCGGGCAUUGCCGGAAUGCGGAGGUUCAAGUCCGGGCGAAGAGCCGCUUCGUGGGGAGAGGAGGCCCUUGCGGCGGCGGCGGCGGCGGCCGGCGAUGGCGAGGAGAUGGAGAAGCCCGACAGCCAGGACGCUGAGCAGUGGUCCCGGCGGCCGGUAAAUUAGGUUGUGGGGGCUAGCGAGGGCGGGAAACGCUUGGACCCGGGAGACUGCCGCCGCUGGGCCCCGCUGUAAGUGACCGCCGUGUGGCUGCCGAUAGGUGAGCCACGAGCUGGCCGCCGUAUCGUCCGUCAGCGAGGGGAUGGGCUUCGGUUGGCCGAUGGCGAUCGGAGGCUGGCUGGCCUAGAACUGCGAGUUUUUGGAUUUCGGUGGAUUGUUUCUGCUUGGAAUUUUGCACCCUGUUUUGGAAGAGCUUGCUUGUCGAAACUUGAAUCAAUGAUCGGUGUACGCUGUACAGCAAAUAACACGAGCGCACAAUGCGCUCGGCUAUUCGCGUGUCUUCCU